UCAAAAAAGCCAGGCUCGUGCCGAGCAGAACCGGACCGACGCGCCCCACGGACGACGCCCCAGGUCCUAGUCGGCGGAAAGAACACAGCACUACACGUAAUGCGCGAGUUUCGGCUGGCAUUGCGCUGGAAUUGAUUGGCGACUGGCGAAGAUUGGGUCGAACACAGUCAGAAACUCGCCGUGCCUGGAUCCGCUGUGGAACCGGUUCCUGAGGGGAUGCCGGCCGUAAUACUUGAGGCUUGAGGCCGCUUUUAUCCGGCAUACAACAUAGUUGUAUCGACCAGAUCGCUGCCCUGCUCGGCACAGCCCUCAGGGCUGCGAGCCGAAGCCCAGGGCAGAGCCCAGGGCGCAUUUGUUUGACGCAUACUAUCGCGCGCAGAGAAGAUACUGCCACAGCGGUUAUAAACAUUGACUUGUCCUACUACGCGCUCUACGGGCUUCAAAGCGGCGGCCUCGUGGCUCCUCGGCAUGCUUCAGUUGUAGUGCCGCCGGAUGGACGCCCGGCGCUCAAUAGUCUUUCCAUGCAUGGCCAUAUGAAGGUUGCUGCAUGCUCAAUGCUCGGAACGAGCCGCAAGUCGUCAUCCACGGCCUCCCCACCAGUCCCUCGCGCGGUGUCUAUAAUAAGCGAAUAAGUGCCUGCUAGAGGCUGCGGAUGCGGCCACCCCGGUUCUAUGUGCCGGCAGCCCUGGCCCUGCCCGAAGUCUUCGCAGCUUCAUCACCCUCGACACCGUCGCCACAUCUUCAACCUUCCAAGGCGCAUCCUCGCCUUGAUUUUUCACCUCCUCUCCAAGUUGUAUCCUCCCCAAGUCGCCUCCUCUGAAGCCGCUGCGUCAGCCCCUUCUCGCCUCCUCCGCCCGAUGUCGCCUCCUCCGAUGUCGCCACCUCCACAUCUUCCCGCCUUCUCCCCCAUCUUCCCUCUCCUCUCGCCGCCUUCCCCGCUCGCCGCCUCCUCCCCUUCUCGCCUCCUCCUCACCCUCUCGCCACCUCCCCACCCUUUCAUCCACCACGCCUCCGCCGUCUUCGCCGAAGUGUAUGGAUGGCUCAAUGCAGCCCGCCCCCACCCAGCCACCAGCCUCCGCACCAGCCCCGUCUCCUCCUCUCCGUGAACAAGACAACAGACAGCAGCAACGACAACAACAAGAACAACAACAGAAAUGAAUAAAUUAACGCCGCGGCUUGAUCUGAUGGCACCUGGAGCCCAUCCCGGUUCUUCGUGCCGGUGCUGCCCUGGGCUCCGGGCGGCCCUUCAGCACGCUGUCCGGUGUAGCGUGUCGGCGAAUCGGCCAUCGCCAGAACGAGGAGUUCCCGGCUGGAAGCAAGCAUAGCACCUUCCAUUCUUGUGCCUGUGGCCUGUGCCGCCUGUGACAUGCGACCUUGUUGUGAAUGUGAACCUUUAGGGUCCUGCGUGUGCGCUUAUGCGAUCUAAUUCAAGGAGUCCGGGCGCGGUUUUUCGUGCCGCGUGCCGGUGCCUCAAUGGCAUGGUCUCCGCAUCCAUUUUGCACCUGAUGUCGAUCUUAAUCAAUGAUAAGGAACUGGAGUUGAUACUGGCAUCAUUAUCACCAUCAUGCAUGCGGCUACAGGAAUUAGCAAUGUGUUGCAAGCCGACGUGCUGGUGUGUUGGCCUGUUGGGGUUAGGGCCCGGUUCUUCGUGCCGCGCGCCUCGACCCCAGCACACAACCACCUUGUGCCUUUUGGUUUGAGAAUAAAAGCAUGGGCAUACUGCGACGCCAGCGGUAGCUGUCGGCAUAGCGGGUGACAUGCUGAGCGGACCGGUGUGCCGUGUGUGUGCACUUCUUUGUUUCUUAUUGCAACCCCGUGGCGUUCUUCGCGCGCCCCACUGUGUUGUCAAGCUUUUCGCAAAGGCGUUCUUCGCGCGCCACACUUUCCUCCUUUUACAUCCGCAUGCUGGUAUCGGAUUUUGAUAAGCCACCCGUAAGGAGAAGGCCUGGCGUUGUUUCGUAGGAUGGCCUUAGCCAACAUUUUGAGGGUGGUCCGGUGCGGAUCGGCGGAUCUUGACUAGAUGCGGAGUGGCAGCGCGCCCGGACGGAUUUCACAUGACUGCCGGCGGCUUUCAAGGAGUUCGCGGUGCGUUGAUUGGCCUGGGGCUGGCUUUUGCGUGCGACUUGCGCUGAGACCCUUUCAAUCUCCAUCAGAGUAUGGGUUUUGCGCACGGGAGGAGCGUAUAUGGCACAUGACGGCCUUAUGUGACUCAAUUAUACAAGGUAAAGGAAUAUCAUAGCUAAACGAUCAAAUUACAUUAAACACGACACUGAAUGGAAUAGGUCCACUUUGCAAAUGGACAGGUCUGCAGGGAGGAGAGGACUGCCCGUGGGCCGUGAGGCACCCGUGGCUGUGUGCAUGCAAACAAGAACCCCCCUGCCGCGGCCGUUAUUAUUUAUUACUCUUGCGCGCAAGCCGUGCCGGACAGGUGUUUGCAGAAUUGGUAGCUAGCUGUGUCCUGCAGUAGCGGCGACAGCUUUGCAGCGCCAUUGAGCUGGUGUGUGUGGGAUGGGCGAGGUCUCUCGGUGAUUCGGGCCGGGGGGAAAGGGUCUGCGCCGUCCCAUUAUGCACGCUCGUGUGCUGCGCGUGCAGUGUACAUCCGUACAAAGACAAACAUGUUUGUUCGUUUGGGGGCUUCGGAGAGAAAUCGAGACAGACAGUACCGUAAGAUGAGUAUUCCGAGUACUGGUAGGCCAUACGGCUCUGGCUAUGGGCGUCUGGGUCAGUCUGUGUUCUUGGCAUGCGGGUGUGGAUGUCGUGCUUUAUCAUUACCUAUGACACGUAUUUGUUGACACGCCAAUGCGUGCAAGGCGUUCGUGUGUCGCAUGCGCUGUAGCCGGGGCCUUGACCAUGCAAUGGCUUAUGGCCAAUAACCCCGUCCCGUCGCACGGCUUAUGACCAAUAAUAUGUGGCUGAGCGGGCGUGGGCUAAACCGAAGUCUUAUGCGCUUGACAUGACAGAAUACGGUGUUGCAUGUGCCGGAAGGUCAUGCAGGAGUACCUUCACAAUAAGUGUGCUUUCAAGCCGCGACGUGUGUGACGUGAUGCUUGCCGGCACGCGGCAGCUAUAGUGCUUGCGGGGCGCGGGGCGCCAAACCUGGCAUUGUUUAAGACAAACGUGGCGGUUAGAAGGCUUCAGAGUGACAGGCGCGCGCGUGCCCUGCGCUGGAAGGGUGUGCCCUACCCGUGCCCCAGCAUUGUAAACACGGUGACAG